GUUCAAAGCGAUAGGCCUGUAGAGGUUUGUCGUUCCCUGAAGACAGUUCAUCAAAACUAUUAAAGUGUUUUUUAAAACAUAUUCACUGGUUUAGAGCUCAGUUUUGCGCACUGCUCUGUGGCUGAAUCAGAAUUACAUAGUGUUUCAAAUCUUUAACCCGGCACGUGGCGCUGAGCACACCACAUCAUGAUGAACCACGCCAAAGUUUUCAAGAAGACAGCUCCGAACGGGAAGCUGACCGUGUACGUGGAGCGGCGGGAGCUGUGCAUCAAGGAAGACGGCAUCCAGGCUCUCCACGGCGUCCUCUUCGUCGACGCCAACUACGUCAAGGAGAGAAAGGUCUUCGGCCAGUUCGUCCUGACCUUCCGCUACGGCAGGGAAGACGAGGAGGCGAGAACCCGGAGGACAAACCCCACAAGCGGUCCUCCAUCCGCAUGGGCAUGAAGCUAUACCAGUGCGCGCCGUCUACGGAUCGAAGCCAACCCUACGCCGCCUUCUCCAAGCAGCUCCUCCUCGCCGACGGACAGGUGGAAGUGGAGGCAACGCUGGAUAAAGAGGUGUAUGAGAGAGGGGAGAACAUCAACGUCAAUGUGUCUGUGACCAAUCAUUCGUCGAGAAACGUGAGGAGGAUCAAGAUCCUCGCCGUUCAGUACGUUGACGUGGCGAUGUUCAGCAACGGCAAGUUCAAGAACGUGGUGGCCGUGAUUGACACGACGGAGGGCUGUCCCGUCAGCUCCGGCUCAGGCCUCAAGCGCCAGUUCCAGCUGACGCCCGCGCGGGGAGCCAUCAAGAACUGGAUCGCCCUGGAGGAGUUCUACGACCGCGAGAGCGCCCUGGCGUCCACGGUCGCGCGGGCUGACCCUCAGGAGAAGAACGUCUUCGCGAUAUACGUCAGCUAUUACAUUAAGGUCAAGCUGUUCACGAGUGCCAUCGGCGGCGAGGUCAGCGUAAAGGUGCCAUUCAAACUCAUGCGACUCCAUCCUGUAGACACCGACACUCCUACCAACGUCCUACCUGAGGCGCCAACCAAUGGGGCCGCGAUCACUACCUCCCAGUCCAUGUUUGACCUGACCUCGACUGACCAUCGUCGCGGUAGCACGAAGACGCGCAGGUCACCGCCCUCGAGGUCGACCAGCGAGGACUCCGUGAGGUGUUCCGAGAGCCACACGACGGCCGACGCGGAGCGUUUCCGGGAGAGUCUCCAGCUCGAAGGAAGAGGAAGGGGGCGGCUCGUCAACACCGCCAGCUGAGGAUCCUUCGGGUAAGAGAGAGCGAGGGACGGACUCCGAGGGUCUUCGAAGCGGUCGGAGACACGGAGAGAUGCAGGAUAUGUCUUGUAAAGCUUGCAGGACCUCGUUCAGGCUGAGAAGGAUUCCGGUAAGGGACUUUUUUAUCUGGAGAAAAGGACUCGGUUGGCGAGACCUUCGUCAAGAGCGGAGGACUCUGCUGACGCGGGCAGGACUCGGCGUUGUCUCCCUUAGUGAGAGACGUGAUCCCAAUCUCAUGGUUGUGCUCUAUCAGUGACCAAAUUCGUGGAAGUAGAUUGAACCAAAAUCCCCGUAAACCUGUGUAAAAACGUAAAAAAUAUAUUGUGUAAACGUGUAUAAAAGUGUCCCAAAGCGUCUGCUGAGAAAUGUGUUGGUGGUGUACGUCAGAAAAUGAGAGAAAAAGAAAAUGAAAAAGUACUGAAGAAUUCAGGCACGGAAAGAGAUCUUUUUAUGCAAAGGGAGCUUUUAUUUCAUGGUCUCAUUUUAGAGCCAAACCAUUUUAUUCUUUUAUUUUAAGAUUUUGUUGUAGCUUUCCGUAUUUUAAUUACAGUUGUAUCCUUAUAUGAUAGGAACUGGACAUUUCGCCCGAGAACACUUGGAUCACUAAAAUAUAAAGCGAUUUACAAAAAACACAAUAGAAAAAUAAACCAAAUAUUUCGAUAUAAAUAAAACAGAAAUAUCUGUAGUCGCACUGACACCAAGACAACAAAGCUAAUACAUAAAAAGAUCGACAAUUCAUGUCAGUAUCACAGCAAACUCUAAAACGAAAAAAACUUUCAAUACAUUCCAUUGUUGUAUUAUGUUACUUUCCAACACAAGGUCGUACAUUAAAUGUGUCUGGUAUUCUGUGAAAUAAAACCACCAGAGUAUUACAAAGAAAAAUGGAGAAUGGUAUUGACAUGCAAUUUCAAUAUGAUACGCUCAUAUCAGGUUGAAAUUACAUUGUGCCAGGUGGUAUAUAUUUAUGUAUGUACGUUACCAUAUAGAGGCACACUUGCGACAGGUGUAAAUCAAAAAUAAGGGUUUUCCAGUACACUGUAAAAUGUUGUGAAGAGAUGUAUAGGUUGUUAUUGUUUGUUUUUCUCUCCUUUCCUAUUGAUAUCCUUCUUCCUAUGUCAGCCUCUUCGUCCCUCCCUUAACACCACCAUUUGCCUUGCCCUUGAGUGUAUUUCCCCUUAAUACAGCUUAAGGGGUCGGCUCACCUUUAAAUACAAGUUAGCAUACGGCAGACUACAAGCUGCAAAGUCGACCCACAGCGCAGCUUACUCUACAGAAAUAAAAAUUGUUCUUUUCCUCUCUCUCAAGAGAUAGAUCUAAAUGAAACUAUUUUAUUUACUGCGCUUCGCUUGGUAGUGGAAAUAAAAAUCUCUAUAUUAUGAUAACGUAGAUUUUUCACUCUGGCUUCAUCGCUUUUCACUUGACGAGCCGAUCUCUGAACUGCAGUCCCGUAUACAUGGUCAAGAACAGUGUGUCACAUCACGCUUAUAGCAUAUGUAAGGUGGAGUUUAAAAGAUAUAUAUUUCUGAUAGAUUGCUAGGAGCUUCUUUGUAUGUUUAUUUGUUAUCUGUUUGUGUACUACAGUAUUUUAUGUCGUCGAUAAGUUAAACAUCAAUACGAAAAAAGUGAAAGUUUCCUUUGUCGUGAAAAAGUUAUGAACAACAGAUAACUAACAUCUUUCAAAAAUAUAUCUAUGGGCAAUAAGAACAUAAAAUGGAAAUUUCACUACGGUUAUGAACUGUUUUCUACUUGAUUAUAUGUCUUCCUUGCUACAAGCAAAUACAGUGAUAAAUAAGCAGAACAUGAAAUGAAGAUGCAGGAGAACGAAACAGAAACGCUAUAUAAUUCUAACACAAACUGUAAGAAAGAUAAGCUGCGACAAAAAAUCUAAAUGAAAUAAUCUGAGCUGAAACAUGGCUUUCCUUUUUGGGGUUGAAUAUGCUAUAUGUGCAUGCGACGGUUAUCAUUAUCAUAAUUAUUUCCACCUUUUUCAGUUAAAACCAUCUUGAAUAUUUUCAUUCGCUUGUUCUCUUCACAUAUGCUAUACACAAAGAACACAUGAAUGUGUUCAUAUGUGCACACAUACGCAUACACACACGAACCAUAACAUAUAAUUCUCAUGAUUACGAUACAUUAGAUAAAGGAUUAAAAGUUCGUAUUUUUUUGCUAGAUGUGAAUGUAUUUUACUAUUCGCUGUACCUGAAGAACAAAGUGUUAAGAGCUUAUCAGAAUAGCGCAAGUGUUUAAAAGUGUUUCCAAUACUGUCAUCGCCAGUUCCUAUUGCAACUUGCUAUUGCAUAUUAUAUCUACCUUUAAAGUGGAAGCAGUAUCAUUUUGAAGAAAAAAUAGAUAUAUUCCCAGUCGAUUAGUGAUGGAUUCUAAAGGAGACAAAGUUCUACUCCAUCUGUAGACUCAUCUCUUACCUUUUGCAUAAUAU